UCAUUGCAUCUCAUUAACAAAAGAAGCAAUUUCAUUAGCUUUUUUAAAAAUAUAAAUACAGCGCCCAUAUUUCUUCUCUCUAAUUAUUUUCGGAUAUAUUUAUUAUUUGUUUCCUCCGCGUGUGAACUUUAAGCCCAGGUUUUCGUCUCGGCGGUUAUUUCGUGGCUUUGUUUGUUGAAAAGGCGGUGAAGAAGAAGGAGCUCGCGCGGUCCGUCGCUCUUUGUUCGUUCAUUCAUUCGGCGUUUCUUUGUUGCAAGCAUGGGAGCUCAAGUGGCUAAAAACGGUGCAAAAGAGGAAACUGCUGCAGAAAAAUCAAACGGACAGGAAAAUGGGCAUGCUAAGACAAAUGGCAACGCCUCCCCUACAGCAGAUGGAGCAGCUGAGGAUGUCCAGGCCAAUGGCAAACACACUGCCGAUGAGGUGAAGGCUGAAGAUGGAGCAGCCGAGAAGGUGACGGAGGAAGGUGGUACUGAAAGUGCUCCGGUAACCAAUGGCGAGGACUCAAGCAAACAAGAAGAGAACGGCUCGGCGUCAGGGAGCGGUGAGCCUGCUAAGCAGAAGAAGCGAUUUUCUUUUAAAAAGCCAUUCAAACUCAGUGGCUUCUCCUUUAAGAAAAGCACCAAGAAGGAAGCUGAGACGGAGGAGGCAGUUGCUCCAGCUGAGGAAGGCAAAGAGAAAGCUGAAUCUGAGGAAGCCAAGCCAGAGGCAGCUGGAGGAGAAGAGAAAGAGGAUGCAGCUGAGGGGGCUAAAGCUGAUCAGCUGAGUGCCGAUGAGGAGAAAAAAACAAGUGAAGAGCCAAAGCCUGAGAUGCCAGCAGAAGAGAAAACUGCUGAAGCUGCACCGGAAGAGCCAGCACCAGCUGAGAGCUCUGAUGCUCAACCCACUGCUGCUGAAGAGUAACAAGGUUCACUUGAUGGCUUUUUAAUGAAGUAAUAAGGAGCUGAACCAUUGAGGCUUUUUGUACAAAAAACACAACCAAUGACCUUUUGAAGUUGUCUUAAUCCCACCAUCAUUUCAUCUGUUUCUCCUCCAUCCAAAAUGUCUCUGUGGUGCUCCAAGGAAGGAUCUCUGAUUGUAGCAUGAAGGGCACCGUGCUUCAAUUCCUACAACUGUCUGUUACAGUAUUGUGUGUGUGUGUGAGAGAGAGAGACGUGCUUGUGUGAUGCAGGUUUUUCUUUUUUCAAAUUUCAUACCUGUUUAGGAAAUUGCAAUGUUAGUUGAAGUAUUUGGUGCCAUAUUAUUUAGGUUUUUUCCCCAGUGUGUGCUUGGAAAGCGGUGCUACCAAAAAGCAAAUGAAGUGUGUAGAUGAGUCACGGAUCAAAAUGCAGUCUGUUUUUAUGCGUCACGUGAAUUGUUCUGAAUGGGUGCUCAGAUGUUACACCAGCAGCACCGCUCAAUCUGGCAGCACUGUGUGCUUGUAUAGGCUUCGUCAUGUCUAAUCUAUUCCCCCCCCCCCCCCCCAUUCCUAUAGGUAAAGUCUGACCCUCUUCUAACCCUGCUGUAGUUCCAACAUGUUGACCUGUGAUGACUAAUGCAGUUAGGUUUUUUGUUUUCCUACAAUGCUGUGCAAGUAUAUAUGAAAGUUGCCAGUGCAAUCAAAUAGAUUACAGUUUGCUGUAAAUACUCGGUCUGACACUACCUGGUUUUUAAAUGGAAUGUAACUUUGAGUACAGAAGUAUGAAUUCACAUUCAACAGGCACAAAAAAAAAGCUACAAAUAAAGGAUUAAAAGGAACAAA